AUGUUUUUUGCUGAUUUAUGUGUUUGUAGUGCAGGAAAAGUAAAAUCGCAAACGCCAAAAGUAGAGAAGCAGGAGAAGCCAAAGAAGGCCUGUGGACGUGCACGUAAACGGAUAUUAUACAAUCGCCGGUUUGUUAAUGUCACUUUGUCGUCAACUGGGAAACGAAAGGUAUCUAUUUUGCGUGUGCUUUUGGCAAUUUACAAGGGAUCUAGAUGA